AUGUCGCACUCGCCCUCGUUACCCGCGUUCGUCCCUUGGGAGAUUAACGAAUUAACUGCGAACAUCUUCAAAUUUAUGGACAAUAAAUCUCUGGCUAGAUGUGCUCGCGUAAACAGACGAUGGGCUGAAAUUGCUCUCGAUCUCUUGUGGCGAAGCGUCGAUGAUAUUUCUCGAGUUUUAAAUAUACUAUGUCGUCUGGUGAAGCAUAAGACUACUCAUUUUCAGGGACAUGUCUUGACGACUUAUGUGAGUACUUUCUACAUGCUAUUACUCCCGCUUAUUCCAAAUCCAUCCCAGAAAUUCCAGCGACUGCUCACAGCGAAUGACUGGGGGCGGCUCGAACGGUACUCACACAGAAUCCGCGUUCUCACAUUUGAGGAACGGUCAGUCAAGUCACAUAGGAGGCUCCUUGACCAGACUAUAUUUUCCGAGAUCGAAAGGACGUGCCCAACUGCUGCAGUAUGUCCUAACCUUCAGUCUCUCACGUGGGACGCGAGGAGCCAGGAGAUGCAAAACAAUUCCCUUCUCUUCAUGCAGCCACGAAUAAAUCGCCUAGCCUUUCGAAUUAAUAACUCCGAUUCCCUCGCAGAGCCCUACUUGCAGCUAUUCGCGUCACGCUUGCCCCGGCUAACUCAUCUUACGUUGUAUGCCGUGGGUCCGAUGAGGAAUAUCGAGAGUAGGAUCAUAGCCCUCUUGCGCCAUUUCCACGAGCUUCAAAGCAUCGUUGUUCCUCUGUACGGAACAACUACCAGGAUCGUGGAGGAAUUGUCGAGGUUGCCUUGUCUGCUUAGCAUCUCUCUGGGGCAGCCAGUUGAGUUCGGAAGGGGAGAUUCUACCGAUAUCGUGGACUUUUGUCCUACCUUGACCGAAGGCGCAUUCCAAUCCGUCCGCAAGAUUUGUAUCAGUGCUCAGUUGCCCAAUGCAACUCGCUUCAUCGCCGAUCCCUUCUUCCCCCAUCGACUUACGUCUUUGUAUGUCCAUGCCAUUGCUAUCGCCGCCCGCGACGAUGUCCGACAAUUCUUCAUGGCAGUUGUUUCCAGAACUCCAGCUAUCACCACCCUCCAUCUCGAUUUCAUAAUUUACCCCCAUGCUCCAUUUUCAGUUCCAGGCCCUCCAACGCACGAACGACCGAAUAUCACUACAUUCCGCCCCCUCUUCGCCUGCCGACAUAUGAAAUCGUUCGAAUUUCGUUGGGACUACGCACUAAACCUUACCGAUCAAAACAUGGAGGAGUUCGCAGUUAGCUGGCCUGCACUGGAACACUUCAUGUUGAACAGCGAGCCUGUUAUUGAGUUCGACCCCCCACCUUUGACCCUCGCCGCCCUCGUUCCGUUUGCGCAGCACUGCCCGAUGCUCCAAGAGCUUGGUCUUUACGUCGACGCCGACGCCCUGCCUUCUCGCUCGCUUGCCAUUGUGCCGUUCAAGUCCUUGCAAAAGUUAUUCGUCGGGGCGUCCAAGAUCCUCGUCGUGGACGCCGUCGCCCUGUUUCUGAGUCAGCUCUGCGCGCUGGAGUGCGAGGUCGUGACAGGCCUGCGAUGGCCGGAUGCGUACGGCAUUGCGCUAGACCACGCAGGGAUUCUCGACGAGCGCCGUGCGCGAAUGAGCGACUAUUGGGUACGCUGGAACGAGCUGGUGAAGGUCCUUCCGGUCGUCACACGCGCCAGGAUGGAGGAGAAAGCGCGCCUUGCGGCACUCCAACGAGAGCUAGAUUUGGUGCUACAGUCUAGGGCUGUUGAUGCCGAGCGCUGCCAGUCUCUCGAGCGCCAGGUACUGGCAUUGCGCCUCCAGCAUGGACCUCAUGACAUCGACUAG